AUGGCUGAUACUAAAGUAGAAAUUUCAGCUGACAGCUCCACUGCAGCACAAAAUUCAAAUGCGGCUUCACAGCCGAACAAUCCGCUGUCGAGGAAGCUCAAUAAAAUAUUAGAGACCAGACUUGACAAUGACAAGGAGAUGCUGGAGGCUCUGAAGGCGCUGUCCGUGUUCUUCACUGAGAACAGUUUGCGCACCAGGAGAAAUCUGCGCGGGGAUAUAGAGAGGCGAAGUCUGGCGAUCAACGAGGAGUUUGCACGAAUAUUUAAAGAAGUAAAAGAGGAGCUUGAAAGUGUUCACGAGGACGUCCAGGACAUGAGUGCAUGUUGUGAAGAAAUGACCAACAGAUUAAAGGCUGCGAAAGAGCAAACACAGGACCUCAUAGUGAAAACCAACAAGCUGCGAGGAGAAAAUCAGCGUCUGGAGGUGAGGGCGCAGGUUGCUGAGGCAUUCCUCACCAAGUUCCAGCUAACUAACGAGGAGAUGGCCACACUACGAGGGGCUCGAGAUGCACCCGUUACUGAGGAUUUCUUCAAAGCUCUCAACCGGGUGAAGCACAUCCACGAAGAUGUGAAAAUCCUCCUGCGAACUAACCAGCAAACCGCAGGGUUAGAGAUCAUGGAGCAGAUGGCAGUGUUACAGGAGACCUCAUAUGAGCAGCUCUACCGCUGGGCUCAAAAUGAAUGCAGAGGACUGACCCAAGAGACGUGUGAUAUCAGCCCCGUCUUAACUCAAGCCAUGGAAGCCUUACAGGAACGGCCCGUCCUUUACAAAUACACCCUGGAUGAGUUUGGGACUGCACGCAGGUGCGCCGUGGUUCGAGGCUUCAUCGAUGCACUCACCCGUGGUGGGCCAGGAGGAACUCCCCGGCCUAUAGAGAUGCAUUCACACGACCCUUUGAGGUAUGUUGGGGACAUGCUGGCCUGGCUGCACCAAGCCACUGCCUCAGAGAAGGAGCAUCUAGAAGCUCUGCUGAAACAAGUCAGCCUGCAAGGUGUGGAGGAGAACAUGCAGGAAGUGGUUGGACACAUCACAGAGGGCGUCUGCAGGCCACUAAAAGUUCGGAUAGAACAGGUCAUUGUAGCAGAGCCGGGCGCCGUCCUGCUUUACAAGCUGUCCAACCUGCUCAAGUUCUACCACCACACCAUCAGCUCUAUCAUCGGGACCAGCGUGGCCUCGUUGCUCAUCACUAUUGAGGAAAUGCACUCCCUCAGCAAAAAGAUGUUCUUCAACAGUCUGAGCCUUCAUGCAAGCAGACUCAUGGACAAGGUGGAGCUGCCACCUGCAGACCUGGGACCUACAGCCUCCCUCACUCAGACCCUCUCACUCCUCAGGGAGGUGCUGGCCUCCCACGACUCCUCUGUAGUUCCUCUGAAUGCCCGCCAGGCCGACUUUGCUCAGGUUCUGUCCUGCAUAUUGGACCCCCUCCUGCAGCUGUGUACCGUGUCGGCCAGUAACCUCGGCACGGCCGACAUGGCUACGUACAUGGUCAACUCACUGUAUGUCAUGAAGACCACGCUGGCUCUCUUUGAGUUUACUGACAAGAGGCUCGAGAUGCUCGAGUUCCAGAUCGAGGCUCACCUGGACACUCUGAUCAACGAGCAGGCGUCCUACGUGCUGACCAGAGCUGGACUGAGUUAUAUCUACAGCUGCGUGCAGCAGCACAAUGCUGAACAGGGUCCCCUGUCCCUCCUCCCCACCAUGGACAGCUCUUCUGUGAAAGCAGCAAUGGUCCAGUUCGAUCGGUACUUGUCGUCCCCGGACACACUUGUGAUGCCGCAGCUCAACUUCCUGCUAAGUGCAGCCAUUAAGGAGCAGAUUUUCCGUCAGUCGACAGAGUUGGUUUGCAGAGCCUACGGGGAGGUUUACACAGCUCUGACCAGCCCGGCUAAUGCCUACAAGGACCCAGAAAACCUGGUGCCGAGAUCCCCUCAGCAGGUUCAGACCUUGCUGUCCUGAGAGACACUUUUGUGCCACUUUGUUGAUGUCAAACACGCCAGGCAGAGCACGGACCCACCAAAGGUCGGCCUGCGGGAUAUUUAAAGAGCCAUGUAAUUUGUACAGUGUAAUAACAUCAAAAGUAUAUAAAGUAAAGGUGGGGUUCUUUCUGGGAAAUGUGGGUCACUGACCUCAGAGAGGGACGGGGCCUGUAUAUAGAGCCUCCUGUGUGCCAGGAGGAAAGAGCAUUAUAUGUAUAUAUGAUGUUUUUACUUUCACUGCGGCCUCCUGUCUGUUUUCACACCGUGUACUCUUUGGGUUCUGUACUUUGUGUCUGUACUGAAAAUAUUGAACGUUAUAUAAAAGAAAAAUUAAAGACUAA